UAAACGAGUAGCUCCGUCACGCGUCCGUGUGCCUACAAAUCACUUUCCCGGACGGAAACAAGUCGCUAUUUUCCGCUGUGGUCUAUGCUCGUAUGGUCAAGAGCGACCACCAGUGACUUGUAAUCAUUUGAAGUUCUUAGUUUUCUUCCGUGAUCGCCUAAGGUUUGAUAGAACGAAUAUGUUUCUAAUGAGUGCAUAACUGUUCAAAGUGCAGCACAAGAGUACGACUCGUAUGCUGAUUGCUGGAUGCACAAUCGUGGAUUGGCAUGGCUAACUGAUUCAUGACCUUGGGCCGCGUUCUCUGGGCUUCGCUCUGCGGCUACAUGUAAGUUAAUCAGGUGUAAAUACAUGUACUAGCACAAAGUAUACAUCCAGGCUGAUGGACGGUGAAGCGGCUCCUCUUUUAAGUCCUAACGUUAGACGGCGCGCGGCAGCACACGGCUCCUCCGUCAGAAGAUGCAGUCCAGCAUGCAAGUUCCACCAGUCUGACAUAGUCCUUGUUGUUAUUCUGCUGGAACGCUUAGCAGCCUACAGUGUCACAGGAAACUUGGUGCAGUUUCUGGAGUAUAGGAAUUUCCUGGACUGGAGUACCACGACUGCCACCACAGCAGCUUUGCUCUGCUCGUGUCUUCCCAAGCUGGGAGCGUUCCUGACGGGAUUCAUCGCAGACACGCGGGUAGGCCGGUAUCGUAUGCUGGUGGCCGCUCUGUGCGCGCAGCUGUUUGGAAGCGUUUGUCUGAUGACGGCUUCAUUUUCUGAGUACUGUUCCGGCGACCAUCGGCUGGACGUUCUGCACUCCUUCCUUAUCCUGACGGGACUGGUCAGUUUUGGAAUAGGCAUUGCCAUGGCAAUGGGCACUGAGAUUCCGCUGGGUUUGGAUCAGUAUGCUGAGCAGAGACAAAGCUACUCCCAGGCAUGCAAGUUCUUUCCCAAGCAGUAUUUCUGCGCGAAUGCCGGCGGUCUUGUGGCGCUCACGGCCGUCUCCAUUGUCCAGUACAAUUUCUUGUUCGGCGUCGGCUUUGCAAUCCCAGUAGUCUUCUAUGGCGUCUCGAUCAUUGUCUUGCUGCGAUGUCGCAAGCGUCUCCACGUUGUGACACCCCGCAAGCCCUGCCCGCUGUCGGAUGUCUGGCAGAUUAUGAAACAAGCCAGGCGCGUCAAGAAGACACCCCGCGGAGAGGGGAGCAGAAACUGGCUCUUCGCCAAUGACUUCCAGCCGACAGGUUCGUGGGUGAUGCGUGCAGUUCAAUCUCUCCCUGAUGGCCGAUACACACGCAACAAUGUGGCCUAUGUACAGAACUUCCUGGCCGUUGUCUCCGUCAUUGUAUCGACUAUCUUCUACCAGGUUACAUUAUCCCAGGAUAUGACCACAUACACCACGCAGGGAAACCUAAUGAGCCUUCCUGUCCGCCAUGAGGAUGCACCAGUGUUUCGCAAUGACAACUUCUGCAGCCUGCAAUGGCGCCAGGAUGGCAAUGAGGACUCCGCGCCCAGGACCAUCUUUAUCCCAGCAUCGGUCUUCACAGCCGUCAAUCCUCUCACCAUUCUGUUGACCAUUCCACUCAUGCAAUAUCUUGUUUAUCCGAUCUGGAAGCGAUUGUCCCAAGGUGUGCCUAUCAGUCAGCUGAAGUGGAUUGGUGUCGGAAUGAUGUUCGCUGUCUUAUCGGUUGCCAUGGCCUAUAUAGUGGAGGUGAAGCGGCGGCAAGACGACAAUUGGGACUUCAAGAACUUCACCACCACGUCUUCGCCCGACCGGACUCUGCCGAUCUCUCGCUUAUCGAUUUUCUACCAAAUACCGCAGUACUUGUUUUCAGGGAUUGCAGAGGUCCUCGUUGUAGUCUCAGUGCUUGACUUUGCCUACCUACACGCGCCGCCGAGCUUGAAGGGCACCUGCGUAGGUCUGGUUUACUCCACCAUGGGCCUAUCCUCCUUGCUCAGCGUUGCCUUCCUGGUCUUCGUCAAGCUAACAGACUCGAGUCUCUACUACAGAGCUUUCACACCGACCACAACAGACCCUGAUGUGGUGCGUGGACACGUUCACAAGUUCUAUGUCAUCCUCCUUGGUACGGUGGGCUUUGGUCUGUUCGUCUUUGCCCUGAUGGCUCAGAACUUUGGCAUUAUACCAGCCAGGGCUGGCAUCGAGGACAUGGUCCCAGUGCGGAAUGACCCACGACCGUGUGAACACGGUCACCAGCAGCAGAACACGGGAAGUGAAACUCGGAGCAAUGUGAAGACGUCGAAUCACAGGUGACAUCUACAGACCGAAGAAAUUCCGUGCAGUACAAUGUGUUCUGCUACACGUGAAUGCUAUGAUGUGCGGCCUGCAAGGGAUUCCCGCCGGGGGAUUCCCCCGUGCUAACUUUGGUGCCGCUCACUGUCUCCCGUGCCUACACCGACAGCAGUCCCAUGAUAAACAUGGCCAAUGGCUAGAUUGAAAUGCGGACACAUUACUACUGUAGUGCAGUUGAGAGUAGGACCGUGACUCGGGCAUGGCCUGUUGCCGUUCUACGCUUGACCGUCUUCUCCACGAAAUCCAGGCGCUGUGAAUCAGUUGGCGCUGGUUGGUACUGCGCAGACCCGGCCCUGCAACUUGAACCUGAGACAGGAUCCCUGUUAGUUGCACUCUGCAUUGGUGCAGACCACUAAUGUUCGACUUGUGACACCAGAUUUCGUUGAGCAUGGUUGCAGAGAGUCAAUAGGUCCAUUCUUAGCUCUGCGGCUCAUAUCCCGGGGAUCUCAUGCCACUGUUCUAGUACACAUGGAUUUGAUUCAAUGUUGAAAUUAUGCUCCUCCUAACCAGAUGCAGACCUGUACAUGUAUAUGUAUAGACAGGUAGAGAGACCGGGACAAUAGAAUUCCAAGCCGGUCUACUUGGAUAAGGGAUGUAGACUUUCUUUUCAGUCUCUAAGAAUCAACCAAUGCAUCCGAGAAUAUGAUACAGUUUGAGUAGUCACGCGGCUUCAACGAAGUAACCGUUACAGUAUGCUAUACAGCUGAAGGCAGCAGCAGUACACUCAUGUUUCAGGUACAAGACUUGUCUUCUUUGCCUACUGAGCUUCAGCUUCAGCACUCAAGUGAUUGGGUCGCCGGGUCAGGAGGUGUAUUUGGGGUUCGGAUCCGAGGCUUUGCAAGCUUGAAUCCUGCUACUGAGAGCCCAUUGGAACAUUACUGUUACUCUGAUCUUCUGGCCAGUCAGUUGUGCAUGGAGGAACAUUACUAGGCACUCUGCCCGCAUGAUUGUACUGCUAACAUGUUAUGUAGUGAUAAUUACUAUUCUGCCAUAGUGUGGCUUUUACACACUGUAUUGAUAUUGCGUGGGGAACCAGAAGAGGUCCAGUCAACUCCUCUGGCAAACCCACGUAUUGAUCUAGCGGCCUCGGA